CAUCCGUGGAAUAAAAUCAACAAUAAUAAAUAAUAAUACAAACAUAUCAAUAAAAAUGUAAAUAACAAUAACAGUGUCCUUAGGCAAACAUGAAGGUACUCGACAAAAGUGAAAAUCAAUCAAACGAAGACAACAAUGUCGACAUAUUAAAUUCAGGCUCUCAAACGAAUUCAGUCCAUUACGAUUCUAGUCUUAUUGUCGUCGAGAAAAACUCUGAACAAAAUGUAGAUGAUCUGAUAACAAGUACAGACGAAGAUGAAGAUUCGGAAGCUGAUCAAAUCUAUAUUCUCCCGAACUCCUUGGACGAGAUCAACGAUGACAAUAAAGGAGUCGCUAGUGUUACACCUUUUUACAAAGCCUCUUACAGUCAAUUGGAAGAUAUUAUUACGCAUUCCAAAUCCUCCGAUGCCUUAAUCACACAAAUUCUUCAAAAGUUUGGCCUAUCAGUCGAAGACUUGUACAGCAUAGUUUUGAACGAUGAAAGGAAAUGGGUGUGCCCUAUACCUGAUUGCAGUCGAUUGUUUCCCAGACUGAUUGUACUGAAGACGCAUAUUCUACAGCAUUACCGAUAUAAACCAUUCAAGUGCGAUGUUGAGAAUUGCAAAUGGGCCUUCUACACUGCAUUUAAAUUGAAGAGGCACAAGGAUACUCAUUCGAAUAAUAAAACAUUUCCUUGCAACGAGGAAGGAUGUACUAAAAGCUUUACAACAGUUUACAAUUUAAAAGUUCAUCAGAAAUUGCACGCGAGGCCAAAAUUAUGCAAAUGUACCGUACCAGACUGUCAAGAAGUCUUCUGCACGAAAAGGGAUCUGGAGAAACAUCUAAAGAACCACGAUCCAAAAUAUGCACCUUACAAGUGUCCUUUGGAUUGGUGCGGAAAUGCAUAUUUCAGUUUCAGUGCUCUUUCGUCCCAUUCUCGUUCCCAUCAGUAUAAACACGAUGAACUUAAAUGCAAAUGGCCAAAAUGUGGAAAAAUUUUUGAUCUGCCUUGUCGACUGAAGGCCCAUGUCCGCCAGCACACUGGUGAUCGACCUUAUGAAUGCCAAUUCGAGAAUUGCACAGCGUCCUUUACAACUUCAAGUAAACUGAGACGUCACGAGAGGACUCAUGUAAACGACCGUAGAUUUCCUUGCCAAAAUGAAUUCUGUGAUAGAAAAUUUUUCAGAAAAGAUCACCUGACGUCACAUUUGAAGAAAUGUAGAGCAGUUGAUAGAGUGCAAUGCCCGAAAGACGGUUGUGAAUUGAGUUUUGCCACAGACGGCUCCUUGCAAAAACAUAUUGCAAAUGUGCACGAAGUGAAAAAACCUAAUACGAAGAGAGUUAUUAAUAUUCCAAAGCCUAAGCGGAGUACGCUUCCAAAUCAGAAAGAUGGGAAAAUUGGUAAGAAUGUUAAAGCUUCCAUCAGCGUGAAAUAUAUAUCCACCGCGAAUAUGAAAGAUGACGACGCCAACUCGAUGAUAGAUUAUUCCGAGCUAACAAAAUUCUACAACGGCAUAACCUACGACAAUGGAGUCAGCAUCAAAAUAGCCGAUGAUACCGAAGAAAAAGGCUCCUUAGAUAACAAGGACCAGGACGAAAUCAUCGAGAAAAAACACGAUGAAGAACAUGAGGUCGUCCCUUUGCCCAUCGAACAUCUGCAGGAGCUGAUGAACCUAAAGAAUUGUGUUUUGAGCAUUGGAGAGAACGGAGUCUUGUCGGUGACACAGAGAGAAAGCCACGACACAGAAGUACUCCAACUACCAAUCGACCAAAACAAUUUACCGGAAAAUUCUAUUUUACCAGAACAAAUCGUUCCAACGACCACAGACAAAUUCUGCGCCCGCAUCCUCACCAAAGACGAGAUAAGAUCCUUCAAAAGACCCCACUUGUCCUCCUCCAACAAGGUUCUCAACCAGGAACCCGUCGUAGAACCCCAAGAGGACACCGUAAACAACAACAGCCAAACCACCAAUAACCACCAGAUCUACGACAUCAGCAAUUUCGACCAAUAUUUAACUCUAGUAUCCCAGAACAUGUCUCCGAUUGGCCAGAUUCAGCAGAUAAAGGAUGGUAAUGGUUCUAAUUAUCUGAUUCAGGAGUAUCAGGAGACUGUUAUGGACGAUGAUGGUCUCGGUUGGAAGUAUAAUAAGCACCCGGGUGAGAGCAAUGACGGUUUUGCAUUUGGCCCCCCCAAGCCCCAGGAUCAACAGAAUAGAACAAAUUCCCUAAUGCAAUACGAACUGAUUGAGUCGUUUAAUGAGAACGCGAAUGAGGAAAUGGUUGACUUGUUGUCGAUGGAGAACCUCAACGACAACUUCUACGAAGCCGCCGAAAGAAAUUUAACUGCCACUAAUUUUAAGGACAAGAAUGAUAUUUAAUAACAUUUUCCACGACA